AUGACAACAAUAGUGGAGACACAAAACAAUGCGUUUAAUGAUAAGAUUAAGCAUUUAGUGACUACUAUUACAUCAGUGCCGACAACCACCAAAAACAUGGAUACCCGACAACAUAUCACUCAAUUGAUUGCCGUACCGACCAGUGAACAUGUGGCACAAAUUGUCGGAAAAAAUGGGAAAAAGAUUAAAUAUUUGCGAAAUUCAACCAAUACUUUAAUAAAGACACCAUUAAAAGGUGACGAUCCUGUCUUCACAGUAACAGGUCUUCCAUUGAAUGUCAUGGAAGCCAUCAAAGCAAUACAGGCUUCGGCCGAUCACUUCUCAAAGCUAAUGGAAAGUCGAAGUAAUGUUUGUGCCAUCGGAGAGAUCACAUUAUUAGUACCCAUUCCACAGCAAUAUGUCGGUGUUGUUGUGGGCCGUAAUGGAUCAGUCAUUAUGAAGAUCAAAGAGCAGACCAACACUCGCAUCAAUACACCUAAAGGUGAUUCCGAUACACCAGCCUUUGAGAUCACCGGAAGACAUAUGAAUGUGUUGGCCGCUAAAGAAGCUAUUUUGGACAAAGUAAGACAGGCAUAUGAGUUGCGGACCUCAUCUCGAUUUGAUCCCAAUUUGAAUUCAAGCAAAUACUUGGAUAGACCACUUCAACUGAUGUUCCCAUCGCCUCCAUCAGCUCAUUCAUCAAUGAAUUAUUUUUAUAAAUAA